UGAUUUUUAAUAACUUUAUGCAGUAAAUAAAACAACUGUACGGUGAUGUACUGAUCUUAAAAUAAAUUAAAAAAAAAGUGCGUUACUAAGAAAACACAAAAACUACGUCGCAUUGGUUGCUGGGUUUUGUCUCAAAGCAAAAGCGGCUUUGCGUCUCCGUAGAUCUAAAAAGUUACUACGUUCGUCUCCUCUUCUCUCUCACUCAGCUUCUUUUUAUUCCUUCCCCCUCCCAAAUUUCUCCGGCGGUACGGAUCAAAUCACAUCGGAUAUUAUUAAUUCUGCCGGCGAUCAAAUGGCGCUGUCGUCAAUCGCAGCGACGGUCUCAAUCCUAAUCUAUCUCUCUCUCCCUUAUUCAAUCACAGCUGGUGGUGAAAACAUCCUCCACCAAUCUCCCACCGCUGGAUCACGGCGUCCAAUGGUGUUCCCAUUGUUUCUCUCCGAAUCAAAUUCAUCUUCUUCUUCUUCGAGAUCUUUAUCAAUUCCUCAUCGGAAACUUAACAAAGCCGACUCAAAAUCACUUCCUCACUCUCGCAUGAGACUCUACGAUGAUCUUCUUCGUAACGGGUAUUACACAACACGGCUUUGGAUUGGUACCCCUCCACAGAUGUUUGCUCUUAUUGUUGAUUCUGGGAGUACUGUUACUUAUGUUCCUUGUUCUGAUUGUGAACAAUGUGGCAAACACCAGGACCCGAAGUUUCAGCCAGAAUUGUCAACUACUUAUCAACCUGUUAAGUGUAACAUGGAUUGUAACUGUGACGAUGAUAAGGAACAAUGUGUUUACGAGAGAGAGUAUGCUGAGCACAGUAGUAGUAAAGGUGUGCUUGGUGAAGAUCUCAUUUCGUUUGGCAAUGAAAGCCAGCUGACACCUCAACGAGCUGUUUUCGGUUGUGAAACUGUGGAAACCGGUGAUCUUUAUAGUCAACGAGCUGAUGGUAUUAUCGGAUUAGGCCAAGGUGAUCUUAGUCUUGUGGAUCAGUUGGUGGACAAAGGUUUGAUUAGCAACUCUUUUGGUUUGUGUUAUGGAGGGAUGGAUAUUGGUGGUGGUUCCAUGAUUCUUGGAGGUUUUGAGUAUCCGUCUGAUAUGAUAUUCACUGACUCGGACCCUGAUCGUAGUCCAUAUUACAAUAUAGAUUUGACGGGGAUACGUGUUGCUGGGAAGCAGUUGUUGCUCAACUCUAGAGUCUUUGAUGGGGAACAUGGCGCCGUUUUAGACAGUGGUACAACUUAUGCUUAUCUCCCUGACGCAGCAUUUGAAGCAUUUGAGGAAGCUGUAAUGAGAGAAGUAUCCACAUUGAAGCAGAUUGAUGGUCCUGAUCCAAAUUUUAAAGAUACUUGCUUCCAUGUCGCUGCAAGUAAUGAUGUCUCUGAAUUUUCGAAGAUAUUCCCAUCAGUCGAGAUGGUAUUUAAGAGUGGGCAGUCGUGGCUGUUGUCCCCUGAGAAUUACAUGUUCCGACAUGCCAAGGUGCAUGGCGCAUAUUGUCUCGGUGUUUUUCCAAAUGGAAAAGAUCAUACAACUCUUCUAGGAGGAAUUGUGGUUCGCAAUACGCUUGUUGUUUAUGAUCGUGAGAAUUCUAAGGUUGGAUUCUGGAGAACCAAUUGUUCAGAGUUAUCCGAUAGGCUUCAUAUCGAUGGUGCAACACCACCUGCCACUUUGCCUUCGAAUGAUUCAAAUCCAUCCCAUAAUUCAUCAAGCAAUCUCUCAGGAUUUGAUUCCUCAGGUUUGACUCAAAUUGGUCAAAUAAACCUUGAUGUUGAACUAACAGUCAAUUCAUCCUAUUUGAAACCUCGAAUUGAAGAGCUCUCCAAGUCAUUCUCCAAAGAGCUCGAUGUCAAAUCUUCACAGGUCGUUUUAUCGAAUCUCACCUCCAUAGGAAACAACACUCUCAUCAGAAUGGUUGUCGUCCCUCCUGAACCUUCUACUUGGUUCUCAAAUGUCACAGCAACGAGUAUAGUUUCACGGUUUACCAAUCAUCAAAUCAAGCUUCCUGUAAUCUUUGGGAACUAUCAGCUGGUUAAUUACAAACUCGAACCUCCAAGAAAACGGACGAACAGCAGCAUUGUCGUGAUCGUGGUUGGGAUAAUCGCUGUAAUUAUGGGGUUAUCAGCUUAUGGAGCUUGGUUGAUAUGGAAACGGAAACAAACAUCAAUACCAUACAAACCUGUGGAUGAACAAGUCAUAGUGGCUGAGCAGGAACUGCAACCUAUAUAAAGAAACAGUUUUUAAUUUUAUUUUCUCUUAAUCAUACAAAAGCUGUUUGGUCUUAUGCAAAAAAAAGAAAAGAAAACAGUAUCUCAACUGUCGGAAAUAUCUUUAUUGUUUAGUAAAUAAUGCCAACUUUUUCGUUUUAAUUUAUGAAAAUUCUCGUUUUGUUUA